GGCUCAAACUGAAAAAACCUACACUUUCGUGCACUCUUUCAUCACUCACUUAUACAAUGACAAUUCUACCCCUACACAGUAAAAUCACAUCCACAGAUCUAAGGAAGAAAAGAACGACAGACAGGAUCUUCCUCAAAGCAUCAGCAUCAGCAUCCAUUUCCUUAUUCCUCUCUCUUUCUCUCUCCUCAAAUUACCCACCUAAUUCCAAACCCACCCAUUUCUUUUCCUUCUAAAAUCCCAAAAUUAUCAUUUCUCAUCUUCUAAAAUUUCCAAACUCUCAACAAAAUCCCAGAUCAAAAAAAUCAAACUUUCUUCAAAAAAAAAACAUAAAAAUGGCGAUGAAUUGCAGUGAAAAUUCGACAUUCACGUUCUCAGAUUUCCCAGAAGACGUACAAAUGUGUAUCCUUUCAUUCCUAACACCUUCAGACAUCUCCGCCUUCUCCUGCACCUCGAAAAGUUUCGUUUCUCUGUGCCGAAACGGCGUUCUUUGGUACGCCAUGUGCGACCGAAGAUGGGGCAAAAAAACCCACAUCAAAAAAUGGGGUGACGGUAAAAUUUCCUUCAAACUCCUCUACAAUACUCUCUCGGAGUACGAGGAUCUCAUCGGAUUUUGGCGUCGGAGCGGCGGAAUCUCCGGCGACGGUGGUGGAAUCUCCGGCGACGCACCACUUGUGUUCUUCGAGUGGGGUGUUUCUUGUGUGACAGCUUCUAGAAUUUCGCCUUCGAAAGAUGGGUCUUACGACGUGAUCAAGUCGCCGUUUCUGUGGAUGAGUUUAUCCGGUGAUGGGCAAGUCUUGAAUUACCUCAAGUUCGACAAGGACAAGAAGCCGAAUUCGGGUGUCGAAUUGAUUCAAGUGAAUGUGAGUUUUAUGGGGAAAGGUCAUGUGGUGUUAGAGGAAAGUAAUUGGAAUUGUGGGACUACUUCAGGGGGUUCUCCUAAUGCUGCCAAUGUUAGUGGGAAGAAAGAGUAUGAUAAUGUUGGUGUUGGAGGUGGUAGCUCAGAGGUUGAGAUUGGGUCGCCACCGGAUAGGAUGAUGUCGGAAAUGUAUCAGUAUUUCGCUAACCGGAGGAGUCCUGGGGCUAGUGGGGAUCGCGCGUGGAGGCGACAGAGGAGGCGAGAGAAAGAGAGGCAAGCUAGAAGGAAGUGGGAGCCUGAACAUCUUGUUAAGAUUGUCAAUUGCUCCCCUUCUCCUUCUCGCCCUUUGCAGGGUCUAUGGAAGGGUAUAUGUGAUGAUAUGAGCCUUGAUUUUUAUCUAGUGGCAUACGAUGACAUUGGAGGUGUUGCUUGUCGAAGAGUUGGGGACUCAUUGAAACCUUUCUCUGGUUACGCACCUGUAUUUUGGACUUCAAAUGCUACAUUUGUCGAUUCCCCACUAUCUCAUGAAGAAGACUACAUAUACUAUACCCGCAUGCAUCUUCGACCUGUAGCUGAAGUAGAAGAGGAAAUUAACGACUAUUCACCUUCACGUAUCAUGUACAUUAACUCAAGUUACGACCUAGUGAUACCGGAAUUGGCAGGGUCUUCUGCCAAUCCUCGGCAUGUGGAGGGAAGGAUUUGGGAAUAUGUUGAUGGGACAUUCGGGUUUGGAUAUCUUCGUAAUAAUUUUAUCGUGGACCUGAAGCAUAUUGCCCAAGAUGGCCGUCUUUUGGAGACCGCUGAACUUUGUAGUGGCUGAUCCAUUAUUCGCUGGAUCUAUUUAUGUACAGAAUUCAGACUAGUCCAGUUAAUUAGGGUCUGCAGCUUGUGAUACUGUCUGUGUAACAUAUUUUUUCUUCUGUCUCUUGUAAGUUGUA